AUGCUAGAUUUCGAAAUUCCAACAUAAAUAAACCAUGUGUGUGAUUCAAUAGAUACUUUUAAUUUGAUAAAGGAAUUCCUUAGCUCUGGAGAAGAACAUAAAAAUAAUUCACAGUUUUUUAUAAAUUAUGAUGAGGAAUUUUAGUUUAUUCAAUAUAAUUUUGAUCGAAAGAUUCAUUUGUCUUUACAAGAGCUUUUUUAAUAUUCAGAUGAGAAAAUUAGUUUUGAAAGUUUUAUAAAUAGUAUUUAGGAGAGAGUAAAAGAAUAAAAAAAUAAAUACUCUAAAAAUGAAAAAUUUUCUAAAGGUCUGUCAAUUUAGAAUUUAGAUUCUUAAAAAAUUUGGUUAGAACUAGAUUAAAAACAAAAGAAAGUUUGUAAUUUGUAUAUACUUAAUUUUAUCCCUAAGGUAGAUGAUGGUAAAGAUUAUUAAGAUAUUGAACUAUAUUUAAAUUAUCUAAAAGAAAUAAGAAAUCAUAAUAAAAUUCCCAAUUAAAAAAAAACAAAAAAAGAUCAUCUAACUAAGAGUUUUUUACUUAACAAUUCAAUUAACUCCUCAAAAGAUUAGAAUUUUCCAGAUAAAUUCUUUAAUUUCUACAACAUUAACCAAUAAAUGAGUUCUAUUUAUUUAGGCACUUAAAAAAAUUAAAAUAAAUAUGAUUCUUAAUAAUUAAAAGAAUUACAAAAUUAGUAUGAAACUUAUAUUGACAAAAAAAUUGAAUACCUUAAAUUAAUUAAAAAUUAAAAGCUAUCAAGCCUUUUAUAAUAAUUAGAGGAAAUUAUUGUGAAAAAAAAUGGAUAUGAAGCAAAUUUAUAAUUAAUAAUUAUUAAACUAAUUUAAAAGCAUAAUUUGGAAGAAGAAUUUUUCCUUCAAAUUAAACAUAAAAAAACUUAACUUUAUUAUUUUUUUAAAUAAUAUAUAAGGGAAUUAAUAUACAAAAGUAUAUAAUAAUAAGAACACCAAACUUUUUCUUUUGAUCAAAUUGUGAUUUAUUUGUGUUUAUUAGAUUUUCAAAAAUCAGAAGCAGAUGUGAAAAAUAAUAUUUAAUAAAUGAUUAUGUAUGCACAUGAAAAAUUAGUUAUUUUUAAAGAAGCUUGGUCUGGCAAAAUUUUAUCAGAUUAGGAGAUACUUUAAUAAUUUGUAAAAGAAUAAACAGAAUUUAUUAAAAGUAGCAAAAAUAAGUUAAUUAAUUAAGAUGAGUUUAUUUUAAAUCUCCUAAAAUCAUAAAUUUACAAAGAGAGAGUCAAAAUUCUUGAGAGAGGACUUAAUAUUUUAAAAUAACACAUAAAAAUGGAAUUCUCAAUAUUAGCCAAAGAAUAUUUUGUUAUAUAUGAAAAAUAUUUAUAAAAGAAACAUCAUGAGAAUGUGAAAGAAAAGGAAAUGAUGAGCAAAAUAUUUUUAAAAAUAACAAAGUAACAAUUAAACUAAAUAAAUAAACAAUAGAAUUGA